AUGAAUAAGAAAAGUGUCAUUGUCUCAUAUGAGUGGAAAGCAAACAAUGGUCUAAACUCUUAUUUUCAUGACUUCAAUGUUGUAAAUCAUAGUGAGAAUUUUACAGACCAAACUACUAGUUGCAAUAUCCAGUUAAUUGAGAGUGUAUGGAGCCAUGUGAAGCUCGAAAUAAAGAAAAAUAAAAGAAGGACUGUUAUUUCUCUCUUAUAA